GGAGGUGCGCUUCUGAAAAGCCCGAAAGUCAUUUCCAACCUCAAGUGGACUUUGUUCCAACUAUUGGGGGCGUCGCUCCCCCUCUUCAUGAUCGCCGGCAAACUUCCUCCUCGGCGCUGCUUCUAAUGGAGCCCCACCUGCUCGGGCUGCUACUCGGCCUCCUGCUCAGUGGCACCAGGGUCCUCGCCGGCUACCCAAUUUGGUGGUCCCUGGCCCUGGGCCAGCAGUACACAUCUCUGGGCUCCCAGCCUCUGCUCUGCGGCGCCAUCCCAGGCCUGGUCCCCAAGCAACUGCGCUUCUGCCGCAAUUACAUCGAGAUCAUGCCCAGUGUAGCAGAAGGUGUGAAGCUGGGCAUCCAGGAGUGCCAGCAUCAGUUCCGGGGCCGCCGAUGGAACUGUACCACCAUAGACGACAGCUUGGCCAUCUUUGGGCCUGUUCUGGACAAAGCCACCCGCGAAUCAGCCUUCGUGCAUGCCAUCGCCUCGGCUGGUGUAGCCUUCGCUGUCACGCGCUCCUGCGCCGAGGGUACCUCCACCAUCUGCGGCUGUGACUCGCAUCAUAAGGGGCCACCCGGAGAAGGCUGGAAGUGGGGAGGCUGCAGCGAGGACGCCGACUUCGGGGUGCUGGUGUCGCGGGAGUUUGCGGAUGCACGGGAAAACAGACCUGAUGCCCGCUCGGCUAUGAACAAGCACAAUAACGAGGCAGGCCGCACGACCAUCCUGGACCACAUGCACCUCAAGUGCAAAUGCCACGGGUUGUCAGGCAGCUGUGAGGUGAAGACCUGCUGGUGGGCCCAGCCCGACUUCCGUGCCAUUGGCGACUUCCUCAAGGACAAGUAUGACAGCGCCUCGGAGAUGGUGGUGGAGAAGCACCGGGAGUCCCGAGGCUGGGUGGAGACCCUGCGGGCCAAGUAUGCACUCUUCAAGCCACCCACUGAGAGGGACCUAGUCUACUAUGAGAACUCCCCCAACUUUUGUGAGCCCAACCCCGAGACGGGGUCCUUUGGCACCAGGGACAGGACUUGCAAUGUCACCUCCCAUGGCAUCGAUGGCUGCGAUCUGCUGUGCUGUGGCCGUGGCCACAACACGAGGACGGAGAAGCGGAAAGAGAAAUGCCAUUGCGUCUUCCACUGGUGCUGCUACGUCAGCUGCCAAGAGUGUGUCCGCAUCUACGACGUGCACACCUGCAAGUAGGGAGCCAGGCCACUGGGAAGGGGUAGAUUGUGCGGCUGGAUCCAUUCAUCGAAGUCCCAUGGGAAGCAGGAUCUAGAUCUGGGCCAGUCUUCGGCACUGGCCGGCAAGGAGCAUGGACUGUUUGCCAGCUGCAUGUGAUAAACGCCCUGGACCCAGCCGGCCUCGGACGGGAGGCCCCUCCUUUCUCAUCUAACGUUUCUCACCCUGCUCUGGAUGGUGUAUGGCUUUACAGAGGGGCUUUCUGUUUUGGUUUUCCAGGGUCUGCUGGGGACAGACCUGAGGCUUACCUUUGCACAUGUUAAAGAAAAUAAAAAUGAAAAAAAAUUCUACUGCAACAGAACAGGCUGGGCUAAUGCGAGCUCUUGGCCUGGUGGGAAAGAUAAGAGCAUAGCAAGAUUCUGUCUCCAAGCUGCCUCCACUCGUGACAUUCCAAGAUGCCUCUGAGGUGGGAGUUGUGAAAUAGGACAGAGCCCUGCAGUCCCCUUUCGUCCAUCUACUCCCAUUCAAAUUGGACACACUUUCCCAUUCUGAGAAAAGCCAUAGUAUAGCAGGGAUGCAGUGGCGGGGAGGCCCUGGGCUGUUGUUGGAGCAGGAUCUUGAGUUUUGAAGAACGGAAUUCUGGGCCACCUGGGAAGCCAAAAUAGCUGAGUUCCUCUUAGGCUCAUUUUUUUUGAUAGCCCUGCUCUGCAAUAGAGAUAGUCAGAUCUCAACGUGUUUUUCUGUCCUGCGCUUUCACCGCUACUGCAUAUGCUUUUCAUGGUGGACCUUGUAUAUAGGUUAGAUGUGGAGGCAAGUCUCUGUCAGCUUCAUGUACUACCUACAGAAAGAGGAGACUGCUCAUCAUUCUCAGCCCCGCUCACCAGCAGACACUAGGGAGAACAGCUGGACACCUUAGUUAACUAAUGCCACCAGUGAGGGAACAACAAUCUUGCAGUUCCAAAUUUUCAGCUGGCAGGUGGGGAGGGUGAAGAUUCCCGGCUCCCUUGUGAGUCCUUUUCUCCUUUUGGCUUGAAUAACCCAAAAGGCAAGAGAUCCCUACCUGGGCCCGUCCCCCUCCUGCCAGUGAGGUAGCCUAUCUCAGUUCCCAAGGGUCUGGGUUCGAUGCUGGAGAGAGGCAAGCAGGUGAAUCAAGCGGCUCCCAGCUCAGUUAUGAUGCUCGAUGGCCCUGCCUGGGGUGAGGCAGUGGCAGCAUGGAUCAGUCCAGCAACUCUCUUAAGAUCAGAAAGAGGAGACAGGACAGGAAUGGAGCAGAACAAGGGUUUGUCCUUACCCCUUCUGUCUGGGGUCUGCUAACUCUUUCCUGUUGUGCAGUUGGCUUGACAAGCAGGCCCAAGUAAGCCCUUGCCUGCACUGUCCACCCUGUGACCAUGAGCACUGCUCAAGGCACACCUCCCACUCCUUCCUGGAACCCCAAAUGUCCCCUCCCAUCUCUCCUUCCCGAAGUCUGAAAUCAAGUCAACUGGAUAAAGCUUGCUCAUAUGACGACACUUCAGCAGAACAGAUACAAAAAUUUACAAGUCUUUCAUAUCUCUGUAUUCUAUAUUAAAAGUGAUAAAGUCAUGUUUCUGGGGCGUAUUCAAGUAGCUGACAAGUAAUUAUUUAAUAAUAGUACAUGAGUGCAUUGUAAUUAUCCUUGCCAUAGUCAGGUAAUAGUAUCCAAUGGGAAUUUCCUACCAACCUGCUGUAUCCAAAGUUUUGUAAAAAGUUGUAGAAGUUGUUGAUCUUUUUGAUUUUAUAUUCAAAAAGUCUCUUUUUAUAAAUAUUAUUUAUUAUACAAUGUAUAUACCUUUGAGUUAACUAAGAUUAUAUAUUAUAUAAAUAUAUAUAUAUUUGGAGAAAAUCUAUUUCAUCAUGCAGUUUUUUUCCAUUAAGUCAUUAAAGAAAAGGUAAACCUCAAACAGAUA